CCCAUUGAUCCCCAAUGAUGACGCCAUUGACCCCAUUGAUCCCCAUUGACCCCAUUGAUCCCCAUUGAUCCCCAUUGACCCCAUUGACGACGCCAUUGACCCCACCGAUGACGUCACAGGUGGUGGGGGCGGGGCUGGCGCUGCGCGGGUUCUGGCGCCGCCUGGCGGUGGAGUGCGGGUCCCUGUCCCCAUUGAACCCCAUUGAUCCCCAUUGAUCCCCAUUGAUCCCCAUUGACCCCAUUGACCCAUUGAUCCCCACUGACGACGCCAUUGACCCCACCGAUGACGUCACAGGUGGUGGGGGCGGGGCUGGCGCUGCGCGGGUUCUGGCGCCGCCUGGCGGUGGAGUGCGGGUCCCUGGGGGCGGCGCUCGCGGCCGCUCGGGCCGGCGCCGACAUCGUCCUGCUCGACAACUUCCCGCCCGAGGAGCUGCGGGAGGUGGCGGCCGAGGUCAAGGUCAAGUUCCCGGGGGUGACGGUGGAGGCCAGCGGGGGGGUGACCCUGGAGACCCUCCCCCGCGUCCUGGGGCCCCACGUGGACGUCGUGUCCAUGGGUCUGACCCACGCGGCCCCCGCGCUCGACUUCUCCAUGGCCGUGCUGCCCCCCGAGUGAUGGGGGACCCCGAAACGCGGCGAGGGGACCCCAAAAAAUACGUCAUCAGGACCACAAAAUCCAGCAUCGGGACCCCAAAAUCCAGCAUCGGGACCCCAAAAUUCAUCAAUGGGACCCCCGAAAUUCAUCAUCGGGACCACAAAAUUCAUCAAUGGGACCAGAAAAUUCAUCAAUGGGACUCAUCAUCGGGACCCAAAAAUCCAGCAUUGGCACCCCAAAAUCCAGCAGUGGGACCCAAAAAUACGUCAUUGGGAUCACAAAAUUUAUCAUCAGAACCCAAAAAUCAGCAUCGGGACCCAAAAACACGUCAUCAGGACCCAAAAAUCAGCAUCGGGACCCCGAAAUUCAUCAAUGGGACCCCAAAUAUUCAUCAAUGGGACCUGAAACUUGUCAUUGGGACCCAAAAAUCCAGCAUAGGGACCCAAAAACACGUCAUCAGGACCCCAAAAUACGUCAUUGUGACCCCAAAAUUCAUCAAUGGGACCCCAAAAAAUUCAUCAAUGGGACCCCAAAACUGUCAUCAGGACCCAAAAAUCUGUCAUUGGGACCUCAUAAUUCAUCAAUAGAUCCCCAAAAUCCAGCAAUGAGACCCCAAAAUUCAUCAAUGGGACCCAAAAAUCCAGCAUCAGGGACCCCAACAUUCAUCAUCGGACCCCAAAAUACGUCAUCGGGACCACGAAAUUAAUCAAUGGGACCCAAAGGUUCAUCAAUGGGACCCCAAAAACCUUGGGAAUGACUGUCCCUAAACUGCCAUAAUUAUACGAAUUUUUGUCCCAAAA